GGAGGAGAGCCUUUGAAAAAAAAAAAGUUUAUUUAAAAAAAAAAAGGUGACGAGCCGAACUUACAAAGAAGACAGAGAAAUCAUUUCAUUUCCACACCUUCUACAUUCUAUUUCAUUCCAUGAUUGGACGAACCGAGAAAUAAGAUAGGAAAUUUCCAGAUUUUAGAGAGAGAGAGAGAGUUGGGGAAUGGGAAUGGGCUCCAAGAUGGAAGGAACUUCUGCCCCAGCAAAUCGGAGAGAUCCUUAUGAGGUACUGUCCGUUUCCAGAGAUUCCACCGAUCAAGAAAUCAAAACCGCGUAUCGGAGACUCGCUCUCAAGUAUCAUCCUGACAAGAAUGCCAGCAAUCCUGAGGCUUCAGAACUCUUCAAGGAGGUUGCAUAUUCUUAUAGCAUCUUAUCUGACCCAGAGAAGAGAAGGCAAUAUGACACUUCAGGAUUCGAGGCUCUUGACACUGAAGGCAUGGACAUGGAAAUUGACUUAUCUAAUCUUGGUACCGUCAAUACAAUGUUUGCAGCUUUAUUCAGCAAGCUGGGUGUCCCAAUUAAGACUACAAUUUCCGCUAAUGUUCUUGAAGAAGCUCUGAAUGGUACUGUUACAAUCAGACCUCUUCCAAUUGGCACAUCAGUUAGUGGAAAGGUAGAAAAGCAGUGUGCCCACUUCUUUGGUGUUACAAUUAAUGAGCAACAAGCUGAGGCAGGGAUUGUAGUAAGAGUUACUUCAACCUCACAGAGCAAAUUCAAGUUACUCUAUUUUGAACAAGAUGGGGGGAAUUUAGGUUAUGGUUUGGCGUUACAGGAAGACAGUGAGAAGACUGGUAAGGUGACAUCCGCCGGGAUGUAUUUUUUACAUUUUCAAGUGUACAGAAUGGAUUCAACUGUGAAUGCUCUAGCGAUGGCUAAGGACCCUGAAGCUGCUUUCUUUAAAAGGUUGGAAGGUCUUCAACCUUGUGAGGUCUCAGAACUAAAAUCCGGCACUCAUAUAUUCGCUGUUUAUGGAGAUAAUUUUUUUAAGACUGCUACCUAUACAAUCGAGGCUCUUUGUGCAAAGACAUAUGAGGACACGACAGAGAAGCUGAAGGAGAUUGAGGCUCAGAUUUUAAGAAAGAGAAAUGAGCUACGGCAAUUUGAGACGGAAUACAGAAAGGCAUUGGCGCGCUUUCAAGAAGUGACCAACAGAUACAGUCAGGAAAAGCAGUCUGUGGAUGACCUACUGAAACAGCGAGACAAUAUUCAUUGUUCAUUCACUGUAACCAAGGUAGUCAAUAGUAGUGGGAGUGGCAGUGGUUUAAGUAAUGGGAGUGGUAGCAAAAUUGCGGGUGAAGAUUCGAAGGCCGAGAGUCCAGUGGAUGAUGGAAGCUCCGAUGGCAAGGAUAAGUCAGGUAAAAAGAAAUGGUUUAAUCUUAACCUGAAAGGAGCUGAUAAAAAGCUUGGUUGAGAAGGUGUUUGGGUUAUUUUUUCUCUUUGGUAUUAUAUGUGUUUGAAAAUCCAUCCAUACAUUCAAAUGUUUGGGCCUUUGGGGUGCCGCAUACAAAGGCUUUCCUUGUAUGCCAUGCCCAAUUUUUCUGUCAUCUAGCUUCCACCGAGGUUACUCAUCAUUGGGUUUUAGGUUCUGUAAAAACAUGUGAAAUUUAAAGGUAUGUGUAUUAAUAUCUUUGUACUCACGAUGCCAUUAAGUGAGAUACUCAUCCAAGUUCAUGUAGCAUUCUGAACAUAUUAAUUUUGAUAUUGAAAUUAUA